GAGGAGGAGGAGGAGGUGGUGGAGAAGAAGAAGAAGGAGGGGGGCCCGCCGUGUGCGUCAUGAUGGAAACGGUCUCAAAAGGGAUGGCAUGUGCAGGGCUACAGGCAGAGAAGAGGAGUCUAACCAUCACCCCUGGAAUUACAAGCUCCAAACAAAAGACCACACAUCCAUCCAUCCCUGAGCUCUAAGAGGAAAAAGGAUGGCUGAAGGUGCAAGGAUGAACACAGCAACGGGAAAGAGAUCAAGGCUGCUGUUAGUGUGUGUGUUUCUUAGCUGGCUGGGCCUGAGAGACCAGUUAGGGGUUGACGCCCAGAACACUGAAAGAAGGGUUCUGGCUCAUAUCCCUGGGGACAUCAUCAUAGGAGCUCUGUUCUCUGUCCACCAUCAACCACCUGCAGACAAGGUCCAUGAGCGAAAGUGUGGUGCUGUGCGGGAGCAGUACGGGAUCCAGAGAGUGGAGGCCAUGAUGCAUACUCUGGAUCGAAUCAACGCAGACACCACAAUCCUCCCGAACAUCACCCUGGGCUGUGAGAUCAGGGACUCGUGCUGGCACUCGGCUGUGGCACUGGAGCAGAGCAUCGAGUUCAUCCGGGACACCCUGGUAUCCAACGAAGAGGAGGAGAACCAGGGCAAGUGCACAGCAGAGCAAGGGAGCAUGAUGAUGCAGGGGAAAAAGCCCAUCGUGGGGCUGAUUGGACCAGGAUCCAGCUCUGUGGCCAUCCAAGUGCAGAAUCUCCUCCAGCUUUUCAACAUCCCGCAGAUAGCUUACUCAGCCACGAGCAUGGAUCUCAGUGACAAGAGCCUGUAUAAAUAUUUCAUGAGGGUGGUGCCAUCAGAUAUGCAACAGGCCAGAGCCAUGGUGGACAUCGUCAAGAGAUACAACUGGAGCUACGUGUCUGCUAUACACACAGAGGGUAAUUAUGGUGAGAGUGGUAUGGAGGCGUUCAAAGACAUGGCAGCAAAGGAGGGACUCUGCAUCGCCCACUCCGAUAAGAUAUACAGCAACGCAGGCGAGCAGAGCUUUGAUAAGCUGCUGCAGAAGCUGCGAGUCCACCUGCCCAAAGCCAGGGUGGUGGCCUGCUUCUGCGAGGGCAUGACGGUCCGAGGCAUCCUGAUGGCCAUGAGACGACAGCGCCUGGUGGGAGAGUUCCUGCUGGUUGGAAGUGAUGGCUGGGCGGACAGGUACGAUGUCACUAAUGGCUACCAGAAGGAGGCAGCCGGAGGAAUCACUAUCAAGCUAAAGUCGGCGUACGUGACCUGGUUUGACGAUUACUACCUGAACUUGAAGCCUGACUCCAACCUGAGGAACCCAUGGUUCCCUGAGUUCUGGCAGCAUCGCUUCCAGUGCCGACUGAGGGGACACCCACUGGAAAGCACCUUAUACAACCGCACCUGCACCUGGAGGGAGUCUCUGCGCCAUCAGUACGCCCAAGACACCAAGAUGGGUUUUGUUAUAAACGCCAUCUAUUCCAUGGCGUACGGCCUGCACGCCAUGCAGCAAACCCUCUGUCCAGGAUAUAAGGGUUUGUGUGAAGCCAUGAGGCCCAUUGAUGGUCGCACGCUGCUGGAAUUCCUGAUGAAGACCAACUUCACUGGUGUCUCAGGGGAGGACAUCCUCUUUGAUCAGAAUGGAGACUCACCUGGCAGGUAUGAAAUCAUGAACUUCAAGCACAUCGGUGAGGAGGAGUACGCUUACAUCCACGUGGGGAGCUGGGAUCAGGGUGGCCUGAAGAUGAACGAUGAGGAAAUCUGGAGUAAUGACAGUGAAGUCAUCACGUCGGUCUGCUCUGAGCCCUGCCAGAAGGCUCAGAUAAAGGUGAUCCGUAAAGGAGAGGUGAGCUGCUGUUGGACGUGCACUCCCUGCAAGGAGAACGAGUUUGUGUUUGAUGAGUACACCUGUCGAGCAUGUGUCCUCGGCACCUGGCCCACAGAUGAUCUCACCGGUUGUGAGCCGAUCACGGUGCAGUACGUGUUGUGGGGGGAUCCAGAACCCAUCGCUGCCGUGGUUUUCUCCUGUCUGGGCUUGCUGGCGACACUUUUUGUUACUUCAGUCUUUAUCAAAUUUUGGGACACCCCUGUGGUCAAGUCCUCCAGUCGGGAGCUCUGCUACAUCAUCCUGGCUGGAAUAUGUCUGAGCUACCUGUGCACCUUCAGCCUUAUCGCCAAGCCCCACAUAGUCUACUGCUACCUCCAGCGGCUGGGAAUCGGCCUGUCGCCUGCCAUGAGCUACUCUGCCUUGGUCACCAAGACCAACCGAAUAGCACGGAUCCUGGCAGGCAGCAAGAAGAAGAUCUGCACCAAGAAACCGCGCUUUAUGUCCGCCUGCGCACAAUUGGUCAUCGCCUUCCUACUCAUACUGCUGCAGCUGGGGAUUAUUGUGGCACUUCUCAUCAUAGAGCCACCACAGGUGAUCCAUGACUACCCGAGUAUCCGAGAGGUACACUUGAUCUGCAAUCUGACCACUCUGGGGGUGGUGGCGCCUCUGGGCUAUAAUGGUCUACUUAUCCUCAGCUGUACCUUUUACGCCUUCAAGACUCGGAAUGUCCCGGCUAACUUUAACGAGGCCAAGUAUAUUGCCUUCACCAUGUACACCACCUGCAUCAUCUGGCUGGCCUUUGUUCCUAUAUACUUUGGCUCCAACUACAAGAUCAUAACCAUGUGCUUUAGCGUCAGCCUCAGUGCCACCGUCGCUCUCUGCUGCAUGUUUGUCCCAAAGGUGUACAUCAUGCUCGCCAAGCCUGAGAAAAAUGUCCGAAGCGCUUUCACAACAUCCACAGUGGUGCGCAUGCAUGUAGGCGAUGCCAAGAAAGCUGCCAAGUCUGGCAAACCUUCCAGCAGCAUGGCCAACUUCUUUAGACGCCGUGGGUCAACGCAGGAAGAUAUCAGCUCUAAUGGGAAAUCUGUGACAUGGGGGCAGAACGAGCGCAGCUACAGACCCAACCUGUGGAAGAGGAUGUCGUUCCAUGUGAAGAAAAAGGAAGCAGUGGAGGUGAAUCAGACAGCCAUCAUAAAGCCUUUCUCUAAAGAAGGAGACACGCCCGGGGACACGGGUGUCAAAGAGCAGUACGAGGAGCCGCAGGCCACUCCGCCCCCCUUCCAGAUCGGAGAGGACGGAGACGAAGUUUUAACCACCUAUGUGACCGAGAACUCUGCUGCAGUGAGGAUGAGAGCUGGAGAGAACGGCCAGGAUGCUGCCAUGCAGGAGAGCGGGGACAUCAGCGUCAUAGGAGUAGGUGACAUCGGGAUGGGGAUGAUUGGAAACCAACCUCAGGGCACCACCAUCAUGGACCAAAUCAGCUGCGUGGUUAACCGUUUCACCGCCAACAUCAGUGAGCUGAACACCAUGAUGCUGCCGGGGGGAGCCACCGUCACCAACACCUCCACCACCGCUCUUCCCACAACCCCAGAGGCCGCCAACUGCCCUCCUCAGUACGUCCCACCCAGGGGCAGGCAGGCCCCCUCUACGGUCACCACAUACGCCGAGGUCGCCGCCGUCUCAAAUUACUGCGAGAACAGACCAGCGGGGAAGAUUUAUGAGCACUUGAGUAGCAGGCGGGCAAAGGAUAUGGAGGAGCUGGUGGCUCUGACGCCUCCGUCACCUUUUAGAGACUCAUCUCUGAGCUCUGACGGCAGCUCAACCCACUCCAUGUCACAGGCCUCUGAGGCUGAAUAUGACCAUUUGCUGCUGAGACACUACAGCCAGAGCUCAUCCUCUCUUUAAACCGUCUUACUCCGCUCCACUUCCUCCUUGUUUUUUCCCUCUAUUUGGAUUAUUUUACAAAAAGUAGAACGCUUGAGACUGGACCAAACUCUUGGAUGCCUUUCUUUCUGUGGAUAUUCUCAGUGUUUGAGUAGUUUUUUUAGACUAAAUGGACUCACACAUGCCUCCAAUGAAAAUGAUUGAUGAGAGAAACACAAGACUGCAAAGACUGAGUGUUGAAAUUAAUCUGAUUAAUAUCAAAGCUCCAUCUUUUGUCAUCACACGGGCAUUUCCAGAUUUGAAAAUGACAGGUUUUUGACUCUGUUUUAAACUUUUCAGACCUCUAAAAAAUUAAAGAUAGGCUGAAAAUAUCAACAUUUUGUUAAAGACGGUUAGCAAUCAUAAGUGAGGAUAAUUGGCAAGUGUUUAAAUUGAGUAUUUCUUUGAUUUUUGCAAAUCAUGGCUCAUAUUUCAAUGCCAGAUUUUAGCAUUUCCAAGAUUUUAGCUCUAAGUUAGUUCAAUGUCAUUUUUUAGCCUUAGCAUAAGCACAGAAUGUGAUUUGUUUUUAUAUAUCCCUCUACAGUAAUUCUGUUAGCUCUCUGUAUAUGAGGUUUGUUGAUAAUAUUUGAUACUCUGAAACUGAAUCAGCAACUGUCCAGGUCAACAAAGCUCAAGUAACUUUGCUUACAAUCAAGGGCCAAUCAUUAUGACACCUUUUACCUUCUCAACAUGCGAGCGUUUUGAGGGCGAUGAUGCUAAAGGACAAAGUGUACAGGUGCUGCAUUUUGCAAAGCAGGGUCAGGUGUUCCUGUGUGAGACUCUUUUUUUUUUUUCUACCUGAAACAGAGCAUUUACUCCGACUGAAUCUUAAGAGGACAGUACGUCUCAAGGGAACUCAAGACUUUGUCUCAGUGGACACGACUUCAUCAGGUGUCUAACCCACAAAGAGCUUGUGAACUACUUACUCUAUGUCUUUUUAAACCCUUUAUGAUGUGACUCGGUUGAAUGUACCAUAAGUUGUCUUUGAAGUGGACCAAACUGAUCUUCCACCUCAGGAUGCGUCCGAACCAAACUACUCUCUGACGUCAGCUCUGACCUGCCGAACGAGCGCCGCUCUCCGUUUUCCAGUUUGCAUGAUGUCAAGAUUUGUUUGCACUCUUGAAGCUGCAUUUGUUAUGAAAUACUUUUUAAAUAUCUUACAUGUCAGGCCUAUGAAGAUUAAUAGAUACAGUAGCAGAGUCAUGAUACUAUUAAUUAUAUAUUUAUGUGUUUUUCAAACUAGUGUCAGUAGGAGAAGAGAACUGGAAGUGUGCCAUAUUCUUUAGACAUAAAUUGCCAAAUAUUUUGUUUCCAGCCUGGCUUUUUUUUUUUUUACCUUCCUCUGUAUGUGCCAACGUCUCCCUACUGUAAAUUACAUUGUGUUGGGCUCACACUGAAUCCCAAUGUGUGCCCUUAUGUUCCAAAUCUUUGGAGCAAUUCUGGCAUUACUUUUAAAAAAUAUUUCAUUUGAUUCUGUUUUUAUGCAUGGACAUAUUCAUUGGAGUUUCUUUUCUUCUGUGAUUUUUCUUCUGUCUGCCUUUCUGUGACUGUACAUUAAUGAAAGUGUGGAUUCACAGGCUAGCAGAUGUGACUGAUGGUGUAUGUGUGGAGGCGUCUGUUUGUUUAUCUGUUGUUUUUUCAAGUCUUGCUUCAAACCUUUUUUUCUCGGUAUUUAAACACAGGCAGGAAUGUGUUCUUGGUUUUGACAUAUUUAGUAUCUUUUCCUGCUUUUCAGUGUUAAAAGCAGCAUAGACAACCGCCAUAUUUGCAUGCAGGUUCGUGCCUCCUGAAAUUCAUAUCAGGUGCAUAUAUUACAUUUUAUGCCAACAGUUUAAUAACUAUCUGCAGAAGAUGAUUUUCUUGGUACUUUGUCUUCACCUGCCUUUCAGGAAGCCAGACUUGAGUAUUAGAUGUGUGCUGCAUUAAAGGUUUACAUCUGAAACGCA